AUGGAGUAUGGACAAGGGGUGAAAAAGGCUUUCCUGGUGUUCCAGGUCCACCUGGUCAUAGAGGCUUUUCUGGUCCAGAAGGACCUCCAGGGCCACAGGGACCAAAGGGUUCUCCAGGGCUUACAGGCCUUCCUGGACCCAAAGGUGUACGAGGCGUCCCAGGAAUACCUGGAUUUUCAGGUCCCCCAGGCCUUCCAGGUGCGCCGGGAAGCGACGGCCCCCCUGGGCGCGCGGGUGUUCCGGGGUGCAAUGGCACAAAGGGUGAUCGAGGUUUUCCAGGCCCUCCAGGCAGACGAGGAGCUCCAGGAGUUCCAUGCCUCUGGCGGUGCUCAUGAAAAUUUGCCAGUCCCACCGCCAAAGGGUGUUCCUGGCAUCAAAGGAGAGAAGGGUGCCCAGGGUGCUCAAGGAUAUCCUGGGGAACAUGGACCACAGGGCCCUCCAGGAGCUUCCGGUGACACUGGAUUAACUGGACCCCCGGGGCCCCCGGGAACCGUUAUUGUGACGUUAAGUGGCCCAGACAACAUUACGGACUUGAAAGGAGAGAAAGGAGAAAAAGGAUCAAGAGGAUUUCCAGGGCCAAUGGGGUUUACAGGACCAGUUGGUGAUUCUCAAAGUGAAAAGGGUGACCGUGGAGAACCUGGACCACAGGGUAAACCUGGAAAAGAAGGUCCCCCAGGUCCACCUGGCUUACUGGGACAGAAGGGUGAACAGGGCAAACCAGGACUGGCUGGCAGGCAAGGAGCUAAGGUAUUGUCUGAUGGGUUUGUUGUUGCUUUUGAGGAUGAGAAUAAGACGGAGUAUUAUGACAGUGUGGUGGGUGAAAAAGGAGAUGAAGGACUGCCUGGACCUCCAGGACCGAAAGGUCAACGUGGCAUGCCUGGGCCGCAGGGUCCUCCCGGAGCUGCUGGCAGACCAGGUGUGUCAAGGCCUGGUCGGAGAGGUCCCCCAGGAUAUCCUGGGCCAAAAGGAACAAAAGGAGAGAAAGGACAAACUGGCUUGUGUAUUGUGGGCCCCCCAGGACUGCCUGGUGUUACUGGCAGACCUGGUUCUGUUGGAUUACCAGGUCCUCCAGGAGAACCAGGUAGAGUGACAUUUCGAACAGCCCCGCCAGGACCUCCUGGAGAGCCAGGGUGCAUAGGACCUCCGGGACAUCCAGGAGAUGUUGGCAUGAAAGGUGAUGAAGCUUUCCUGUGUACUGAUUGCAGCUAUUUUCCAGGAAUACCUGGUCUUCCUGGUUCUCCGGGGCCACAUGGCCUGGAUGGCACACCUGGUAGAGAAGGAACAACAGGUCCAAAAGGUUCUCCAGGUUCUCCAGGAGCACCAGGGUUUCCAGGAGCUCAAGGACCUCCAGGUUUUAGAGGAGAUCAAGGACGUAAAGGAUCAAAAGGUGAGCCAGGAUAUGUGUAUCCAGAAGGGCAAAAAGGUGAGCGAGGAGAUCCAGGGGCCCGUGGAGACAGAGGAAGGAAAGGUUCAAGUGGAUUUCUGGGAAGACCUGGCUCUAAAGGAUCCAAGGGAUCUAAAGGCAAAGAGGUAGGGUUGGAGCAAGAGGUCAGCCAGGUGAUUCAGGACAUCCAGGGCCAACAGGUGACACAGGCUUUCCAGGGCUUGGGUUUCCUGGAAACCCAGGUCCAAAAG